AGAAAUCUGGACUAGUGGUGAAGAUUCUAAGCUUGCCCUGGAGAUUGAAGCUUUAUUCCUUAGCACCACCAACUCAACAUUCUUUUUUGUGUUUCACGUGGAUUUUUCGGUUCUAACUACGUAAAGAGCCAUUUCUUGAUGAUCAACUUUCACACUGGAUCGCCAGAUGGCCUCUACCUUCUUUUUCUGCAAAAUGUUGAAAAAAUCUCCUGCUUUUGUCCCAGUAACAAACAGUGCUCAUAAUUCUGUGCCAAAAAUGAAACUAUACCGUGCCAGUUUGUCGUAUAUUUCACAAGUGAGGCAUUCCCGGAAUGUUUGUUUGAGAGGUAAUGGCUCAAUGAGAACAGGCUUUGCGUCGGUGGCCUGUGCUGCCAAAGACUCGGGGCCUCCAGAGCAGCACAGGCCUCUCGACACAGUGCUUAAGCUUUAUGAAGCACUCAAAAAUAAGAAUAUCAGUGAGAUUUCUGAUAUAAUUGCCGAAGAGUGCUUGUGUGUUUCCAACUUUGUUUCGGCUUUCCAACCUUUUCAUGGUAAGAAGUUUUUGCAGCAAGUGCUGGCUUUCUUCUCUUCUCUAAUGAAAAACUUGGGGAAUAACAUUGAAUUCGUGGUGCAACAAACAUCGGAUGAUGGAAUGGUUGUUGCUGUAUCCUGGAAACUAGAAUGGAAUAAGGCUCCUUUGCCUCUGGGAAAAGGUUUCAGCUUCUACAUGUACCAUGUUUACCAGGGAAAGGUGAUGAUAAAGAAUGUGGAGAUUUUCAUGGAGCCACUGCUUCACAUCGAGCCCCUGAGAUUGGUGAGCCUCCAGACUCCAGUAAGCUUCGGCUGAUUUUUUUUAUUAAAAGAACAUCAUUCACAAACCAUUUGUAUUCAAUCUCUGGACAGAAAGUAAUCACCUUGGUGAUGAAUGCAAUGGAGAAGAUUAAUCUUCAGGCUCGGUUCAGGAACAAGAUAACAAGAAGGGCCAUAAUCAUAUUGUUCAUUCUUCUCUCAGCAGCAGCAAUUGUUUUCUUACUAAGAUACAGGGUGACCACAUAAACUCUAUGAGCGCAAAGUUGGGUGCUUCUUGUCUCCGACGGGAUCUGAAGAUUUUUGUGGAGGAUCAACAGAUCAGCCAACCAAUACCUGCAUAGACAUAUGGAAUCCAAUCCUUUUCCCCUGGAGAGAGACAGAGCAGCAGAAGCAGAAGCAGGAACAGGGACAAAAGAGGGAGAACAGAAGCAGAAGAAACAGAAACAAGAACCAAACAGUUCAAAGCAUACGUACUGAAUGCUGAGACUUUGACGUAGCAAGGAAGUAGAGAUCCCAAUUUCUCCAUUUUCAUUUGCAAUUUACAAUUGUUAAACCAAAAUGGCACCUCGCAAGGAAGCAAUUACAUAUCUAUUAAUUUCUAGUCAAUCAAAUUAUGAAAUAUGCCAAAAUGAAGUGAGAUCCUCAGAAAAGCUUUUUACGCAUCAAGAAGCCAGCGCCAG